UCAUGAGUGAUCAUGUUCUUAGGCGCAAAGCCACGAUUCUCCCUGAUUUUAAAUGUUUACACUUUAUUAUGUGAAUAUAUAUGCAUUUUUAUAUUAUUGUUCCGUUUGUAUUUUUAUACAAUUUAUAUGAACGUAUAUGUAUGAAUGUUGAUACUUUAUUAUGUAAAUAAAUAUAUUUUUUGUAUAUAUAUUUUAUACAAUUGAAUUUUAGAUUCUUUAUUGUUUUUUUUCUAUAAUUAUUUUUUUAUUUAAAUUAAUUUUAAAGGAAGUAUAAAUACACAUACGUGGGACCAUACCGUUGUGUGUGUGUCUCACGGAUUAUAUGUAUGUAGUAGUAACGACACUGGCGCCAUCAUCCGCGACGCGCGCGAGUUAGAUUGGGCUUCAACCCUAAAUACGGCAGCUUGUGGGCCCUGGUUGUGCGUUAGAGGCAACAACUAAUUGUAAGUGAGACGUGGAGAAAGCAACAAAAUGAAGAGGAAGAAUUGUGAAGUAGACAAACACAGGGACGAAAUAAAGCGUCUGAAGGAAUCUAUAAAGAUAGUUCAACAUAGCAUCGAGGAAGAAGGUCGAGAAUCGGCGAGCGAGAGCUCGCAGAGUGAAUCCAGUGGAAGCGAAAGCGAAUGUAACGAAGCUGUAGAGCUGGAAUGUUCAGGUGGUCAAGAGGUUAUGUCUGGAAUCAACAGAGCUAUUACCGAAUCUGAAGAGCGUGGUAAACAUAGGGACAAGGAUGUCGAGAAGGGCGACAAAGAAGGAAACAAAGACGAAAAUAAGGAAAAUGAACCAGAAGUAGAUGAGAGUUUACUGAGUCUACUUGGAGACGAUCCUCAAAACUCGAAGGCUCAGGAAGUGUUUAUUCAUUCAUCGCUUAGAAGCAGAUGGAAAUACUGGAUACAAAACGGCCUGGCGGAAGAAGAAAGAGAGAAAAUCAUCAAGAUGUACAAAAAACCAACUUUUUUAGACCCGCCACUGCUAAAUGCGGAAAUAAAAGGCACAAUGAAGGAAAGUGCCAUUAAAAGAGAUACAUAUAUGAUGGAACUACAGAAUUUAGCAGGAACAUCCUUGACGGCAUUGGGCUCGUUGCUUAGCAUACUCAUGACGCAAAAAGAGUGCAUUGAUCAGGAGCUGUUUGUUGAACGACUGAGGGACGCAACCGAAUUACUGCUGGAAAUAAUGUACAAAUAAUCAAAAUCAAGGAAGGCGUUUAUAGCGCAAGGAGUUACAAAAGGCUGUAAAACAUUAGUAUCUGAAAGGAAAACAGAUAAGUUCCUAUUCGGUGAAGAUUUAGGAGAAAAGAUCAAGGAGGCAGAAGCUGUUGAGAAAAUAUCCAAGAAAAUAACAAGAGAAAUGCCGUUAAUAAGAAGGGAUUUAAACACAAAGAGCCUGCAGGGAAGGCGCCCGGCCCUGCAUAUAGGCGAUUUGCCGUUUUCCCCUUUGGGGAAGUAUCCCCAGCAAACAAGCGAUCGGAAACAACCUCAUCAAAAACACAGACCGAGAAACUACAAAUAAAUGUAGGUAUAGCAGGUAGGCUACAAGCUUACGAAAGCGAGUGGCAAAAAAUCAAAAAAGAUGCAUUCGUGUUAGAUAACAUAAGAGGUCAUAAAAUUACAUUUAGUAGAGAACCGCGACAGGAGAAACCUGCUACGGUCGAAAUAAGAGCAGGCGAAGAAAACGCUUGUGUUGAACCAAUAAAUAAAUUAAUAUUAAAAGACGCAAUUUAGAAGUGCAAAUCUGGGAAAAAUCAAAUUCUUUCAAAUCAUUUCUUACGGCAAAAACCAGAUGGUACACAUAGUUUAUUAAUGGAAAACAUUUUAAAAUGGAGGAUCUGAAUAUGGCAAAGAAAUUGGUUUUUCCAAAUUACUUCAUGUGCACACUGGAUUUACAGGAUGCGUACUAUUUAAUACCGAUCCACAAAGAGUCGCGAAAGUACUUAAGGUUUAAAUUUGGUAGAACACUAUUCGAAUUUACUUGUUUGCUUUUCGGAUUAUGUACCGCUCCUUUUAUUUUCACAAAAGUAAUGAAACCAGUAUUAAGUAAAUUGAGAUCGGCAGGUUAUUGUUCGGUUAUGUAUUUAGAUGACUAUUUUUGUGCAGAAAAAGACUUCGAUCAAUGUAGCGAAAAUGUUACAGCAGCGAAGCGAUUACUUGAGAGUUUAGGUUUUUUAAUAAAUGAGAAUAAGUUGUGCACCACACCAAAAACUAGGUGUACGUUCCUAGGAUUCAUAAUACAUUCAAUUAAGUUUACCACAGAAUUAACAAGAAAGAAA